AUGGCAGCGACAGGGAAAGCCGACGGCGCCGCUCUAGAAACGGCAGUUCGGGAUGCAUCUCAUCGCCUGGAUGAAUGGCAGGCUGCUCUGCCUGACUACAUGCGUGACAGACCGGCGAAUAUGGCUCGCUACGCUUCUGAAGGACUCGGCCGAACGUUUGUCGCUCUGCAUAUGGGAUAUUACCAUUACGGACAGCUGCUCUUCUACCAAUUUCUCCACCAGGACUGCCAUGCGUCGGUGCCAAGCACUCAUUAUUAUGCGAACAAGUGCAAGGUCCACGCCGCCGGUCUUUGUGAGCUCCUCUACACUGCCAACGCCACCCCGGACUGUGAAGUCCUGUAUACCAUGGUCGGCCACAUCCUAGUGAUCUCGUCCACUGUCCAACUCUAUAUUCUGCUCUUCGGCGUCGACGACGAAGAGAUCAAAAUUGCGCGAGCACGGCUGGAACGCAAUUUUGAGAUCCUGCUGCAUCUUCGAACCUUCUGGCCCACACUAGACGUAUCCUUCACUCGGCUCCGAGCCUUUCACAAGGCCUGCCGGGUCUCCAUGGAGACAUCGUUCCGCUUGGAUCAGUGGAUGCUGCGCUUUCUGUCCGAGUUCGCUCAGCCUGUUGGUGAUAGAUAUUCAGAGGACGACGACUCCCGCUCCUGGAGAGUGGAGAAUAUUGGCACAAGCCCGUCAGAUUUUCAAGUGUCUCUCACUUGA